CUGAGAACAAGUACUGAAGUCCUGUGACAAAAUGAUGCCCGCAAGACCGUCUUCCCAGCCUUUAUCGCUCGUGCAGCGACAGGGGCUGCAUUGUGCGUCGAGACCAGUUUUACCGUACUCUGUUGUUGGUAGCUGUUCGAGCCAGAAGCAGUGCAAUCGCGCGAGGCGGCGACUGAUGAGCAGAAUGAUAACGACUCGCUCGUUAUCUUCUUCCACAGGAGAAAGGGCGCGUGCUCCUCCCACUCAUUCCCGGGAACGCGCUGGCGCAGGUACCCUUUCGCAACACUCAGCUCAUGGAACAAGUAGUACUCUUUCGCAACAUUCAGCACGUGGACCUCCUCAGACUAUCAAGAGAUCAAGUAGUGCCACUAGCAUUGACAAUGAACUGGAGGACGAAGAACCAGAGGACCCAUGGGACAUUUACGCGGACGACUACGAGAUAGACGUUUUGGAUGCUGCCACAGUUAGGCUAUAUCAUCCUCUAGCAUUUCGAGGUGGAUCUUCAGGGUCUGGAUCUUCAGGAUCGAGUGGAGGAAUCGAGGUUGAAGAUCCUUGUGAGAAGGCGGAACAAAAUCCUACUCGUGGGAAGGUGUUGCCUUCAAUAUUUGAUGACGGAGUUGAGGCGAAGGCUGCAGGUGGCGAUGAUAUUACUGUUCUGGAAGAAGGUGGUGGAGGUAGUGCUUCUAGUCGUGGUCGUGACAACGCUGCUUCUUCAACACGACCAAAAGAAGCAAGAAAUCAAGUCGUUCCCCUAGAUGUGGAGGAGCCUUCGCCUUAUCGAAAAAAUGAAGACUAUCAUGAGAAUAGAAAGUUGAGGCAUCAGACGUCUCCAAGUUCUUCUUCUUCAUCUGCUGUUUUCGACACGAACGACUCCACUGCGGUAUCUUCAACAAGCAGCACCUCAUCUAUAACCACUUCGCUGCCGCACUUCAAUCCUAAUGUUUUCAGUACUCGCGAGGACCACUUUGGGAGUAAAAUGCGGAUGCUGACAAGAGCUGCCCAAGAAGUCACAAAGCCGACGCAUCACGGUAGCAAGAAAGAUCGGAGUGCACUAGCAGAGAUUAUCAAAGAAAGAGCUGUGGUAUGGCAUGAUCAGAAGAAAUAUUUUGAAGAAUUUGAAGUAAGUAGGUAAAUGUAUGAGCAUGGUAUUAUUUCUGACAUCUGAAGAUAUGAUGUAAAUGUAAUGGAGUGGGUACAUUCAUAUACCCCUGGAGUGGGUACACUCAUUCAUUCAUAAUCUUUUAAAGAUAUACCAGAAGAUGAAGAACUAGUACAUCCAAAAAUGUCUAAUAGCCAACAAUGGCGCGACCGCGCCUGAAAACACCUGGUCACCAUCGACUCAUAGUUACAGUACUGGGAUGAAAUUGACCAAAAACGCGCGUCGGAAGAGAAGGAGACGGCUAUUUGCGAUGGCAGAUCCCGAAAUGCGACCUCCAGAUUGGAAACAAAGACUCUGUGGUGGCCAUUGGUUCGACCCCGCACGUGGGCCUAUCAAAGUGCGAGUUCUAGACGUGGACAAAUUAUCGUCUAGCGAUCUACACACGCUGUUCAUGCACUCCUGUGUACGAUUCUUACCGGCUGAGGCGUGUCUGAAGAUUGCGCAUAGAUUAUGGGUACCGUCAACCCAUCUUUUACACCAUCUUUCAGCCAAUUCCUUCUUGGAAUACUCGAAAACUGAAAAUAACCGAGUAAGUGACUGAAAUAAGGGAGGUAAGUAGGUUUGACAGGGCUACUCUUCCUUAUUCAGGCUCGACUGUGCUUAUUUCAAGUAGUUACUCGGUUAUUUCAGUUUUUCGAAUAGGCUAAAAGAUGUUUUAAAAGAUGGGUUGAACUCUAAAUAGGGUAGCUCUGUUCAGGGAAAAAUGGUCUCAAAGCAGCUAUGAGAAUUUGUUGAGACACUGUACCGAAGAUUACUUCAGCAAGAACAAUGGGGCGCAUGCGGCAGAACUGCUGGCUCUCUUUACGAGGUGUCAUAGCACAUUGUCGGUACCGAUUUUCGUCGACUACAUCCGGAAAUACGGCAAAUUCAGCCGCCAAUUCUUAGCGAAGUUGAUAGACAAGCAGUUGCAACCUAGAACGUUUGACUUCGUGCGGUAUGAGAGCAUCGGAGGCGUUGCUCCGGUGCAUCCAUUGGUGGCGAGACCGUAUCAUCUGUUACGGAUUGAGGUUUUGAAAAAAGUAAAAGUUUUAGUGUGAUUAUAGCAAUUUCAAUCGUCGUUUCUGAUUCCGUGUUGGCGUGCCCAAUCUUCAGAAGGCCGUUUUAUAAGCUUAAAGAGACAUCACUGACUCGUAUGGCUGUUCCAACAGUACGGGUUUUCCUCUCAGUCCAAUGGUACAGGUUUGAGAAACACGCUGCCCCUUCUAACCUCCUCCUCCUUCCUCUAUUGCAUGGGCAAGUCGCAAAUCAAAACGCACCUUCUAGAGGAACUGCGCACUGAAGGGCUUGUCUCAGUGAACCCUGCUGAAGAAGAGGAGAAAGCCUUACUAGAAGCGCGAAUGGCGGAAGGGAUGCUGCCACAGGAGCAGCGGAGACCCCUGAGACUAGCAGAUCCUGUCUCUAGGCCACCAGCGAUGGAAACCGUCUUAGCGAGUCUGAGUGGAGAAGAUGUAGAAGAGAAAGCUUAUGGUAGUUUGGCGGAAGAGGAGGAGGAGAUCGAAGAGGUUGAAGAUGAUGGUUACUUGGCAGACGAGAAAGAGGAAGUAAGCGAAGUAGAUGAUCAUACAGAGGUUGACGAGGACGAGGAAACUUCACAUACAGAGGUUGCGCAGAUUGACGAGGCUAGCUGUGCGGAACGACACACGAAUCGCGAGAAUGGCAAAAAGAACUCCAUGGCUGCGCAUAGUACAACUGGAUUUGCUGAACAAGACACAGCUGAUUCUGAAUUUGAUUCUACUUGUUCUGGCGACAACAUAUUAGAGUUGCACGAGGACUCGAAGAGUGCAGCCUUAUUUGGCUCCACCACGGCCGCCGCCUUUCCUUUACAGUUCACGCCAGUGGAUGCAUCCGCUUCUUCCUCAACCGCGCUGGCUUUGGUUUCAGACAGAGAAAGUGAGCACGAUCCCUCUUCCGUCAAAACGGGGAGAAGGGUAUUGAGAAUUCCAGAACGCGCUCAUUCUCUGGCCAUACGAAAUCGUGCUUGGUGGCACACGUAUCAGCGCAAUAACGCCGUUGUCGAUGGUCGUCGGAGCUUUGUUCUGAAAGGAAGGGUGUAUUACAUAGCGGGAAACACCUGGACAGCAAGAAAUGCUACGAAUUUCUUUAGGCCUAGAAGACGCUAUCCGAAGCAUGCAGUGAAAUCUGCCAGGAAAUAUGAUAGGGAAGCAAAGAAAGCGUAUGCGCGAUACCAAGUUUUGCAUGGUCCUCUUAGAGGAGUAGACGGGCAUGCAGCUGGUCUUAGAGGACGUGCAAAUUUUGGUGGGGGAAUCAAGAAUAGGUCGCGUAAACAAGCUGGAUGAGCUAUAGUGUUAGGGCCACGAAGAUGCGUCUUUACGCAGAUAAGCCGACUCUUUUUUGAGUCACACACCUAAUGACAACAAACAUACAUCUAAUGACAUCUGUAACAAGAGCUGAAGCUCUGUGUCGCCAUCUUAAGGUAUCACCAUUUUUUCGCCGUUUUUUCGCAGUUGACGGGAAGUUUUCA